UUUGUUUUUCUUUUAUUAAAACGCAAAAAAUUCCAAUAAACCAGUUUCGAUGGUGAAGAAUGCACAAUAGCUAUGUGAUUCCAAUUCGAUGGACGAUUCACCUAUUGAACAAGGGGAGAAGAGAAAAGCGAGGUGUGCCAAGUAAACAAACCGUGUGUGUCACUCACAAAGCAACAGCAGCUUUGUCGUCGCUUGUGCUUUCUUCCAAGCCGACAGCAACGGAAACUUACUUGAGUUUCACUUCACAACGAAUAAAGCUUGCGUACGGACGUUGGGCAAAUAGUUGCAUCUGUUACAAGUGGUUCAUUUGAAAGUAUAAUUUCUUGACCUAAUCCUUAAAGUUUUAUACAGAAACAUAUAUAAAUAGUGCACAAUGUGGAAACGUAUGGCUACGCAAACAGAUAAGCUAUGGAUUGCGAGAGGAAAAUAUCAGUUGCGCCUGCGCUCUUUAGCACCUGCAGCUACUUUCACUUUUCUACAACAACCGAAUUUGCGCACAUUGACGUCGACCUCAGCUGCGAAACCAACACCACCGAAACACGACUGGAAUCGUGCCGUCAGUGAGGCAGAACGCAUUGUCGGCUACCCUACAUCAUUCCUUAGUUUGCGAUGGUUACUUAGUGAUGAGAUUGCUAAUGUAGCAUUGCAUCUGCGGAAAUUAGUGGGUAGCAAUCAUCCUCUACUCAAGACGGCAAAACAUCUACUCUACAAUGGAAAAAAUACAAUGCAGGCUUGGGGCUUAAUUGUGCUUCUUAUAUCCAAGGCCGCUGGCCAUGCGCCUUCGGUGCCGGACAUGGAACAGGAUAAAAGCGCAGGUGUGCUGCAUUCUCAACGCGCUCUGGCGGAAGUUACGGAGAUGAUUAGAAUUUCGCAUUUGGUGCACAAUAGUUUAGUAAAUUUACAACCUUCGUCGGAGGCUGGAAAGGAUACAGCGACUUAUGAGGAUAUGGCGUUUGGUAACAAAAUAGGUUUACUGACUGGGGACUAUUUGCUUGGUCAUUCUAGCGCUGAAUUAGCAAAUCUACGCAAUCAAGAAGUAGUGGAGUUGAUUUCAUCAGCUGUACGAGAUUUUUCAGAGUCUCAAUUUGUUGGAGAACGUGAUGAGCAAAAUAAUCCAUUGCCAUGUAAGCCGGGAUCUGAAACGCUAAAAACCAAUGGUACUGCUACAACAGAAAGCAUUGAUUUCGAUGUAAACGAUGUUAUGAUACCUAUGAAUAUCUCAAAAGUCAUGGGCAUACCCGAAAAAGAGUGGGAAUGCCGCAAUAUUUUAAACGCUGGUAGUUUGCUAGGCAAAGCAUGCCAGGGUGCCUUAAAAUUAGCUGGGCAAAGCGAAGAUAUGCAGCGUCAAGCUUAUUUGUUCGGUAAGCAUUUGUCGUUGGCAUGGCAAGCAUGCUUGGAUGCAGAGCCAUUUCAAAGUAGUACUCUGCCAAUAGAUACUCCAUUUAGCUUGGUAAGUGCGCCGGUACUAUUUCAUCUCGAAUAUGAUGCUUCAUUAUAUGAUGAAAUAGAAAAAGGUCGAGUAUCGGUUGAAAAUAUCGACUAUGCUAAGAUACACAAAGCAAUCCUAUCUGGGCCAGGUUUGGAAAAGACCAAGGCCUUGCAACGUAAGCACACGACGGCUGCAAUGGAAGUGCUUGAAAAAUUCCCUCCUACUGAUGCACGCACAGCCCUCGAAAACAUUAUUCUAGCAAUGCAGGAUUUGUAAGAUAUUUCGUGUGUUACCUUCAUCAGCACUAAAUGCCUGCAGCGAUCAUAAUCAAAAUAUUGUGGAAAAUCUGUAUCAAUAUACUCGAGAAGCCAAGCCUUAUGCAUGGA